AUGCCCUUACCACAACGCCCGGGAAAUAUUUCUCCCCGGCGCGACGACCGUGCAGUCUAUAGAGACCCUUCGCGAAGACGACGGCGCCGGGAUAGCGAGACUGAAGGCGACAGCGACACCUACCACCAAUCUACUCCCUCCCAUAGACAUCGUCGUUACCACUAUGGCAGUUCUCACAGAUCAGAGCCUUCCCGAGAUGUCGACGAAGAGAGAAACAUGCCUGGUGCGGACACACGCCACAGAAGAAACCUGGUCAAACCAGAGCGCAGUCGUAUCGACCCCAGCCAUCCGACUUACUACUACCAACAGCACUCCCAGAAUAUGCCUGUCAAUCCAUCGACGACGGGAAACGAGCCUCUUCCCGAUGACGGCUCGGAUAGUGUACACAGUGCGGAGGAUCAACCGACAAAGAUUAGGAAACCGAUCGAACGACGACAACGCAAGAGACGACGGGCAUCCCGCAAAGUGUCAAAGCAGGCUGAGAUAGAGGAAAAGAAACGACAGGAUGCUAUGGAGCAGGUCCGGCCGCCCAGUCCUUGGACGGCUUACUGUGCACUUAUCACGUUCUGGGCGCCAGAUUUUGUUCUAGAAUGUUUUGGAAUGCCGCAAAAGGCGCAACGGAGUGCUUGGCGGGAAAAGAUGGGUCUGAUUUCUAUUAUCCUCAUGAUUGCGGCAUUUGUUGGUUUCCUCACGUUCGGAUUCACGGCUACGGUCUGUGGGACGCCGCCACUCCGUCUGAAAAUCAACCAGAUCAACACCAACUACAUGAUCUUCCAGGGAUCUGCCUAUGAUCUCACCAAGUUCGAGCAUCCAGCUGCUGCUGGCAUCCCUGACAAUACGAAUCUUCUAUACGACCUGCCUCACAAGUAUGGCGGUCAAGAUGGGAGUUUCUUCUUCCAGGAAGUCAAUGGUGCCUGCAAGGGUCUUAUAACUUUGGCUGAAGGGUCGGAUGUGCCGUCCAAUAGUGAUGGGGAUGUGGCUUGGUAUUUUCCCUGUACAGCCUUUAACCAAGACGGUUCGUCUGAGCUCAACCAGACAGAAUCGUAUUAUGCUGGUUGGGCCUGCCAUACGUCAGGCACGGCUAGGAAUCAAUUCUGGAGUAUGAAGAGUGAAGGGGAUGUGUAUUAUACGUGGGAGGACACCAAGAAUACCAGUCGGAACUUGGCUGUCUAUUCCGGCAAUGUGUUAGAUCUCGAUCUUCUCCGAUGGAUGAACGGUUCGCAAGUCCAAUACCCAUCUAAAUUCGAAGAACUUCGCACCAAUUCCGAUGUUCGCGGCGUUGACUUAACGUACUACCUGCAAAAUGGCCAGGAUAAGCAGAUAGGGAAGUGUCUCUCCCAAAUCAUCAAAGUCGGCAGUAUCGAUACGGAUACGGUUGGAUGUAUCGCGUCCAAAGUUGUCCUCUACGUCUCUCUGGUUUUCAUUCUCUCAAUCGUCAUCGUGAAGUUCGCAUUUGCGCUUCUCUUCCAGUGGUUCCUGGCACCUCGUUUUGCCGCCCAAAGAACAAGCAUGGGCUCCGAUUCUAAGACACGGAAUCAACAGAUUGAAGAUUGGUCAAAUGAUAUCUAUCGUCCGGGACCGCGUCUUGCAGACCCCCUGUCCGAUCGGCCCAGCAAGAGGGCUAGCUUUCUACCGACCACCUCGCGAUUCUCAAGUCCCUACACCGGCAGCAGUGCCGGCAAGCAACGAGUUCCGUAUGUCACCAUGGCCAGUCAAAAUUCCACUUCACGGCUUAUGCCACCCGCAGCUGCAUCCGCGGAUCUAUAUAACAGUCCCAAAGGCAGCAUCGGCGGUACAGGAACCGACAAGGCCACAGAAGCAGAUACCGCAGGAGGACCAGGAGGAAUCAUCCAUUCAGAAGUAGUCCCUCAACCACCGCCAGAAUGGCAGCCAUAUGGGUUCCCCUUAGCACAUGCUUUAUGCUUAGUGACAUGUUACUCUGAAGGAGAGGAUGGAAUCAGAACUACGCUUGACUCAGUCGCCAUGACUGAUUACCCCAACAGCCACAAGACAAUGGUCGUCAUUUGCGAUGGGAUGAUCAAGGGUAAGGGUGAAGAUUACUCAACUCCGGAGAUUGUCCUCCGCAUGAUGAAGGAUCCUAUUGUUCCUUUUGAUUCAGUAAAGUCGUUCUCCUACGUGGCUGUCGCGACGGGUUCAAAGCGACAUAACAUGGCCAAGGUUUACGCGGGCUUUUACGACUAUGGUCAAUCAUCAGUCGUACCACCAGACAAACAGCAGCGCGUCCCGAUGAUGAUCAUUGUUAAGACCGGCACGCGGGCAGAGUCCAAAGCUGCCAAGCCAGGAAAUCGGGGCAAGCGGGAUAGUCAGAUUAUCCUGAUGGCAUGCCUGCAGAAAGUCAUGUUUGAUGAACGCAUGACGGAGCUGGAGUUUGAAAUGUUCAACGGCCUCUGGAAUGUGACUGGUAUACCGCCUGAUUUCUACGAGGUCGUUCUCAUGGUGGAUGCAGAUACCAAGGUGUUCCCGGACAGUCUGACGCAUAUGAUCUCUGCGAUGGUGAAAGACCCCGAAGUAAUGGGUCUCUGCGGCGAGACGAAAAUCGCAAACAAAACAGCAAGCUGGGUCACGAUGAUCCAAGUCUUUGAGUACUUCAUCUCCCACCACCAGUCCAAAUCCUUCGAGUCUGUCUUCGGUGGUGUUACCUGUCUUCCUGGCUGUUUCUCAAUGUACCGCAUCAAAGCACCAAAAGGAGGACAAAACUACUGGGUUCCUAUCCUCGCUAACCCAGACGUCGUCGAGCACUACUCUGAAAACGUAGUCGAUACACUACACAAAAAGAACCUCCUCCUUCUAGGCGAAGAUCGGUACCUUUCAACCCUGAUGCUGAAGACGUUUCCCAAACGCAAACAAGUCUUCGUCCCGCAGGCUGUUUGCAAAACCGUCGUCCCUGAAAAAUUCCGUGUAUUAUUGUCCCAGCGCCGUCGCUGGAUUAACAGUACCGUCCACAACCUCUUCGAACUCAUGCUCGUGCGCGACCUGUGCGGUACGUUCUGCUUCAGCAUGCAGUUCGUCGUCUUCAUCGAGUUGGUCGGCACACUCGUCCUUCCCGCCGCUAUUGCCUUCACCUUCUACGUCGUCAUCUCGUCGAUCAUCAACAAGCCUGUGCAGGUAAUUCCACUCGUCCUGCUCGCACUGAUUUUAGGUUUGCCCGGUGUUUUGAUUAUCGUGACCGCACACCGAUUGGUAUACGUCCUGUGGAUGUUUAUCUACCUUCUCUCCCUGCCCAUAUGGAACUUUGUUUUGCCGACAUACGCGUACUGGAAGUUUGAUGACUUCAGUUGGGGUGAUACGAGAAAGACAGCGGGCGAGGAGAAGAAGGGACAUGAUGUUGAGGGAGAGUUUGAUAGUACGAAGAUUACGAUGAAGAGGUGGAGGGAUUUUGAGAGAGAUCGACGUCUCCAACUUCAAGCUGGAAAGGUCCAGCACGGGUAUUCCUAUGGACAUGGGAAUUACGAUUGA